GCCGCCCGCCGCGGCCUGAGGGCCACCACCCCGCCUUGCGGCCCGACGAGGUGUGCGCGCCUUGGCCGUCUCAGCCCCUCGUAGGGACCGCGUCCGGGAGACAGAGGGCCCCGAACGUUCGCGCGUUCUGAAGCCACGGUCGCGGGCUGAGGUCGCGGACGCACUGUGGGGCCGGAGAGUCAAGGGCCCUGCUCGAGGCCGAGGCCCCUACAGCAGGGCGGCUCGCGCACGGGGUCGGCGAAUCGGGGACCGGGCCUCUAGGGCCCUGCCCCCUGGUGAGCAGCCUGAUGCCUGAGGACCAGCCUGGGCGCAGGCUCAGAAGUCCCCUUCUCCCUCACCCUGCAGGCCCUGGGGAGGGCUUUGGGCUUCUCGGAGCUUGAAGGCCUGAAUUUUGACCAGAAUUCCCGUCCUUUCCCAAGACUCCAUUUGUCAGUAGCUUGAAAGUUCCAGCGUGACAUAUCAAACAGAAAAUGGCAGGGAACUAGAUUGCUACCUUCUGAUGACUACCUUGGCUUGAAAAUAGCACCUUGUAGGCAUGAAGGUUCCAAGAGAAUCCUGUUUCAAGGCGACCGGAAGGGAAACAUGCUUUUCUAGGGGCUCUAUUAACUUGGUGACCACAAUGAAAAAUGGGAGCCAAGAUGAUCUGGUAACUGACACACUUCCCAAGCGCAAGAGCUCCAAAGAAUGGUUGGAACCACAGCCGCUUUCUUUUAUGGAGACUUUAGCUAAAGAAGAUACUGAUGCAGCUGUUCAAUCAAUAUUAUGUAGAGAAAAUUAUAUAAUGAAGGAACUAGAUAAGUAUUUAUAUCAUCAUGACUUCUUAAAUGCAAGAAGAAAAGAGAUGUUGUAUAAAAAAUGGGUUGAAUGUGUGUCAGAUCCUCUCCAGAAGAAAAUUAUAGAAAAAGUAUGUUCACAAAAGAAGAUUAAAAAGAGGAGACGACAAGAAUCAGAUGAUUUUUUGAGAUAUGUAAAUAAGAAGGGAAAUGCAUUUAUAAAGCAUUAUGAUCCAAAAGAAUAUGAUCCAUUUUAUAUGUACAAAGAAGACCCCGAUUUUCUGAAGGUUGUCAUGCCACCAUUUCGUGACCCUUUGAAAAAGGCACAAUAUGACAAGGAUGAUGAAAAAAGAACUCUUCUUCAGUGUGAAACUGGCAAAAUCUACACAAUGAAAGAAUUUAAAGAGAUUGAGACGGUUCAGUUGAAUUCCAGAUUCCCAAGUAUUUCUAAUUCAAGGCAACGUAUAACUCCAAAUGAAUGGCUUAGAGUGCCCUUGAAAUAUAUAGAAAGUGAAUUUUGUAAAAGGAGCAGGUUGAAAGUGAAGAUGAAUUUUAAUGCUAGUAGUUUUGAUUUGGACCCGUUGAAAAGUGUACCUCAUAUUCUGGAAAACCAGAGGAAAAAAAAGACAGUCAGUUACAAAGAAAAAGGACUCUCCUCUCUGGACAUUGAAGCGCCGUGCCUCCAGGAGGGAAAGAACCCAAGCUCCAAAGUGAUCAACUGUGAAGGUCACCAUUCUGCAAAUCUAGGCCAGGAGGUUAUGACAGCUACACAUCCUGAUUCUUCAUCCGUGCAAGGGUCCGCCAAGGGUAGGCGACGUUACCUGCUGGCAGCCAUCCUUCUGAGAGGGACCAAGGAGGACACUUAACAAUCAUUCUGUUCUUUCCUGCAAUAAACUUCAUUUAAUUUUGAGUUCAGUGUCUGUGAUGAUUAAGAAAUGACAACACCUUUCCCCAGAAAUAUAUUUACCUCUGAAGUUAAAAACUGUCUUGGAAGGAUCCAAUAAAAAUGGUGAAUUCACUGAA